AUGAGUUUACAGGCACAGCAAAUGCAAGGUCUGUACGGCAUAUGGACCUGGCCAUCUGGAAGCAGUGCUACCACUCAUAAAGGUAAUGUCACCACUUUCUUUUUUUUGGGAUUUAGUAGCAAUGCCGUAUAUAAUCUGCUGCUCUUCACCUUGGUCCUUAUUCUAUACAUUGGGACAAUAUGUGGAAACCUUUUGAUCAUCAUGUUGGUAUAUUACAGUAAGACCCUUCAUUCCCCCAUGUACUUCUUCCUCUCCCAACUCUCUGUAUCUGACAUCAUGCUGACCACAGCUAUUUCUCCUAACAUGAUGAAUAUUGUUCUACAUGAGAGGACCCCCAUAUCAUUUUCUGGUUGUAUCACUCAAUGUUAUGUCUUUGGUUUAACAGAAGCAUUUGAAUGUUACCUUCUAACAGUGAUGUCCUAUGACCGCUAUCUAGCCAUCUGCUCUCCUCUGCAUUAUACCUCCAUUAUGAAACAAUCACUUUGCAUUAAACUAGUUCUUGCAUCCUGGAUUUUCAGCUGUCUUAUGACAUCAUUAAUAACAUCUGGCAUAAGUCAACUAGAAUUCUGUGGACCAAAUCCUAUUGACUAUUUAUAUUGUGAUUUAAAUCCUCUUGUGGAACUUUCUUGUUCAGAUACAUCCAGUAUUCAAAUUGAAGAAACCUUGUUGUGCUUUCCUGUGAUAGCCUUACCCUUCCUAGUGAUAGUGGUUUCAUAUACUUACAUUGUUUUAACUCUGGUAAAGAUACCUUCCAUUUCUGGAAGACAAAAAUGCUUUUCCACGUGUAGCUCCCAUCUCACCGUUGUGUUUAUAUUUUAUGGAACCCUAAUUGCUGCAUAUAUGAUUCCAAAGAAAGGACAAUCACAAAUGAUCAGUAAGAUAAUGUCCUUGUUGUACACGGUUUUUACUCCUUUUAUAAAUCCUUUCAUAUACAGUUUGAGGAAUAAAGAUAUCAAGGACAGUUUAAAAAUAUUGUAUAGAAAAAAAAGUUUUUUUUUUAACUAAAAACAUUUGUUAAAAUAGAUAAUAAAAAUACAUCUGUUUAAACUUGUAGGGGACAUGGGGUGCACUGCUCUCAGAAAAUUGGGUAGUGGCGCUGAAAAAACAAUAGAAAGAGAGUGGCUAACAAUGAAUCUUUGUGCAAAGAAAGGAACCUCCUAGAUGUAGAUAAAUAAAUGUAGAACAAUAAAAAAUGGAUAAAACCUUAAAAUUGGGCUGGAACAUGAAUAUGAUAAGAGGGAUGCAGUCCUUGGAGAAAGCAGAUGGUAUCAGUCCAUAAUCCGGGGCAAAGCCUUCACAGG